AUGCGGGAAUUACUAUUUCAACUCGUACUUCAAUUAUUGCUACUUCGCGCGGCUUCUCGGAUUGUUCGGCAGCCAGAAUAUUCCUUCUCCCGUGGCCCCCUCGACUACCGAUCCGUACUCCUGGACGCCGAAUCGGCUUCACUCUUCGUGGGAGCUCGAGGCCGUCUCUUCCGACUCUGGGCCUACAAUGUCAAUGAUACUAGCGAGAAAUUGUUCACCGAGAAGCUGCUCAGCGUGUCGCCCAGCGAGCUCGCCGAGUGCAGGGCGGCCGGGAACUCGGAGGAGGAAUGCGAGAAUUCGGUUCGGAAGAUGUUUUUGAGAGACCAACGCGAGAGUCUAAUGAUCUGCUCCUCAUCGGCCCACAAGCCCGAGGUGCGCAUCGUCGAUGUCAGCCGGCUCGAAGACAAAAGCGAGCCCCAAACCAUCAUCGGGCUCUGCGCCCCGGAUCGGGAGAUGAACACGACGGCUGUACUUGUUGAGUAUGGUAACCCGCGUGCCUUGACGGCGGUGUAUUCCGGAAUCCGGACCGGGCUGACCGGGGAGAACCACCUCAUCUACCGGCCGGCCCUCGUCGAGAAUGGGAGAGAGAUACACCCAUCGAUGCGGACGAUAUACAAGGAUGACUCGUGGCUGAAUGAACCCCAAUUCGUCGGCUCGUUCGACGUGGGCGAUUACGUCUACUUCUUCUUCCGCGAGGUGGCCAACGAGGCCAGCCGCGACAUGAAGCGCAUAUACUCGAGGGUCGCCAGGAUCUGCAAGAAAGACCUCGGCGGGAAGACAGUCAUGCGACAAGUCUGGACGUCAUACGUCAAAGCGCGGCUGAACUGCUCGCUGCCGGGGGAUAUCCCGUUCCAUUUUGAUCAUAUUCAAUCCGUAGCCAAGGCCGAGUUCGAGGGUGAGACGAUGUUCUACGCCGGGAUGAGCAGCUCCGCCACGGCGUUUGUCUCGUCGGCAAUUUGCGUUUUUCAACUGAGGGAUAUUGAUCAUAUCUUCGACCACGGGCUAUUCGCUGAUGACCAAGCUGGUGUUGGCGCCGAUCCGAAUACCGGCCAUCGCCCAGGCACGUGCGUCCCCGACUCACCGGCUCUCGAUCCGGAAGCCCUAAAUUUCGUGCGAAGUCAUCUCCUCAUGAAGGACCCGAUUUCGACUCGUCACGCCUGUGGCGGGCUGGCUCACUGGCGAGACGGCUCGGAUUGGCGUCUCGAGACCAUCGAGUCCGCAUCUGUACUAUCGACAGUAGGAGGUGUACAGGGGAGCGCCCUGUUGCCCGGAGAAUUUCUCUACAUCACCUCCAGAAACGGCGUUGCUCAAUUCUCGCCGGGAGCCUGUGGCCAGUGGAAGGCUUGUCAGCCCUGUGCCAUCGACCCGUACUGCUCGUGGAACGUCGCCCGGGCGCAGUGCCAUGCACGCGAAAAGCUGCACCAUCAGAGCCCUGGUUGGGUCUCCUCGUGGGCGGGGCGCGGAGCACCGGAGUGCAAAACGGUUGGACGGCCGGUGUUGACAAAGGUAUCA